CUGUUCUGUCUCUUGUCGUGAAAUAAAAUGUUUUCGACGCUCCGUCGCGCCAUGUUUCUCCGUCGAUUUCCGACGGUGAUUUCUCCGGCGAAAAGGGCUAUCAGCAGUAAAGUUUCCGAUGAAAUAGAUCUCCGAAUAUUGAAUGAGCUGAAUCAGGAAAUGCAAUCAAUCUUUGGAGCUGAACCUCCUGCGACUAUGGAUUACCCUGAGUUGAAUUCCAGUAUUGAAUCUCUGGAAUUUACAAAACCGGAGAGCUCUAGGCUAUAUAAACAAUCUGCAAAAGUGGUUACUGAAGAUAUCUCUAAGCUAACCCAUGUCGGCGUCUCGGGGGAAGCUCAGAUGGUGGAUGUUUCUUCAAAGGACAACACUAACAGAACCGCAUUGGCUUGCUGUAAAGUCAUUCUAGGCAAAAGAGUUUUCGAUUUGGUCUUAGCCACUCAAAUGGGGAAAGGAGACGUUCUCGGAGUGGCCAAGAUCGCUGGCAUCAACGGAGCUAAACAAACCAGCAGUUUGAUCCCACUGUGUCAUAACAUUGCUCUUACGCAUGUUCGCGUUGACUUGAGAUUAAACCCUGAGGAUUUUAGUGUUGACAUUGAAGGAGAAGCUUCUUGCACUGGCAAAACCGGAGUUGAGAUGGAAGCUAUGACUGCUGUGUCGGUUGCUGGUUUAACUGUUUACGACAUGUGCAAGGCUGCUUCCAAAGAUAUCAGCAUUACAGAUGUGAGGCUUGAGCGUAAAACUGGUGGAAAGAGUGGGUAUUGGUCUAGAGGCGAGUGAACACAGCCCAACACUUGUCUCCGUAUAGCUAUGGAGAUUACGCGUAGACAAAGCUAUGGCUUGCCUGGACCAGGAUAACCGGUCUCA